AUGGAUAUUCAGGAGUUCCGUGCGCGCGGCAAGGAGAUGGUGGAAUAUAUUUGCGAGUUUAUGAGCAAUAUCCACAACCGAAGAGUAACACCGGACGUUGGACCCGGAUAUUUGAGACCGUUGCUACCCUCGGAGCCACCCCAGCAGCCCGAGGCCUGGGAGGACAUUAUGAAGGACGUAGAGUCGAAAAUCAUGCCCGGAAUCACCCACUGGCAACAUCCGAGGUUUCACGCGUACUUCCCGGCCGGAAAUUCGUUUCCAUCUAUUCUUGGCGAUAUGCUAUCGGACGCCAUAGGUUGCAUUGGAUUCUCAUGGGCGGCCAGUCCAGCCUGCACGGAGCUCGAGACGAUAGUGUGCGAUUGGUUUGGCAAAGCCAUCGGUCUACCGACGGACUUCCUUUACUUUAACCCUGGUAGUAAGGGAGGGGGUGUAAUACAGGGUUCAGCCUCAGAAUGCAUCCUGGUGUGCAUGCUGGCGGCAAGGGCGCAGGCGAUCGCGAGGCUCAAGGAGUCGCCAGCUCAUGCACACUUGGACGAAACUGCCCUUCUCGGGAAGCUGAUGGCUUACUGCAGCCGGGAGAGUCACAGCUCCGUCGAGAAAGACGCGAUGAUCUGCUUUGUGAAGCUGCGAAUUCUGGAGCCCGACGAGAAGAGCGUGCUUCGCGGUGAAACUUUGCGUCAGGCAAUCGAGGCUGACACAGCCGAGGGAUACAUCCCCUUCUUCGUCUCCACGACACUCGGGACGACCGCUUGCUGUUCCUUCGACAACCUCAAGGAGAUAGGGCCAGUCUGCAAGAAAUAUCCAGGCGUGUGGUUGCACGUGGACGCAGCGUACGCGGGAAACGCUUUCAUCUGCCCGGAGCUCAAGUAUCUGAUGGCUGGCAUCGAGUACGCGGACUCCUUCAACACGAACACCAAUAAAUUCCUAUUGACUAACUUCGACUGUUCCUGCCUCUGGGUCCGGGACAGGUUCAAGCUGACCAGCGCGCUCGUUGUCGAUCCGCUUUAUCUUCAGCACACUCACGCGGACACGGCCAUUGAUUACAGACAUUGGAGCAUACCGCUGAGUCGACGAUUUCGGUCCCUGAAACUGUGGUUCGUUAUGAGAAAUUACGGGAUAUCCGGCUUGCAGGCCUACAUCCGUAACCACAUCGAGUUGGCGAAAAGGUUCGAGGCCCUGGUUAAGAAGGACUCGAGAUUCGAAGUUUGCAACGAAGUUGUGCUGGGAUUGGUGUGCUUUCGCGCCAAGGGCACCGACAAGCUGAACCAAAAGCUCUUGAGUACUAUCAACGAUUCCGGGAAACUGCACAUGGUGCCAGCGAGAGUGAAUCAACGCUUUACGAUUCGUUUUGCGCUGGCUGCGCCAAAUGCCACUGGCAAUGACGUCGACAUAGCGUGGAGCAUCAUAACGGACUAUCUGUCCGAAAUACUGGAGUCCAAGGACGUGAUGGAUGAGCUGGCAGACAUCCGCGAGAAGAAAAGGAAAGCCACCUUGGAGCAAAGGAGGUCCUUCUUCGUCCGCAUGGUGUCCGAUCCUGCGAUUCAGCCAGGAUUUACGAAAACCCCGAACAGGACGGGCGUGAAAUUGGACACGCAGGCAACGAUCGGUGGCAUUGGAUCGAAUCCUCAUCCCGCGUCACGUUCGUGGAUAUCGUGGCCAUUGGCCUACUUGAUGCAAGCGAAGGACUCUGCUGAUACGAGCGAACUAUCUCUCAGAUUCCGUCAUCUGGACACUAUGGUGCGCCUGAAGGCAGGCAGUACCGGAAGUCGUCGCGGCAGUAGCAACGGUUGCAGCCCCGAGCCAUCGCCUUCCGGUUCACCGUCUCGCGGAAGAUCGCCUAAUGGCAGGGCGUAA